AGUCCCCCCCACAGCGCCUCCUGCGGGAAGGAACACAACCCGUGUCCUGCAUGGCCUUCCCCAUGCAGUCUGGGGGGUGGCUUGUUUUAGAGGCAGGGAGCAGGAUUUGCCAGGUGGGAGUCAUACGGGUUAUGGGGUGUGUGUAACUUAUGGGGAUGGUUACACGGGGAUGCUAUUGUCCGAGAGAUUCUAGGGGCAUUUGCUGACCGUGGCUGGGAUUCAGGGAGGGAGAGGUGCAUUACCCUGGCAUGCGGGAGACGUUGGCAGGGAUGCAGGAAGGAAAGGGUGCAGUUGGGUUGGUACCCUACGAGAUGUGGGAGGGGAGGAAGCUGUAGUGGGGGGUUAUCCAUAGCACUGCACGAAGGAUUUGUAAGGACCAAGAAGAGAUGUGAAGGGACCUUCGCGCAAGGCAGCGCAGGAAACAGAGCACCUCGCGUCCUGGCCGCGGCUGCGCAGUGUGAGCACGUGGCUGGAGGGCGGGGCUGCAGGGGGCGGAGCCAGCCAACCGCGCGGGGUGCACGUGGCAGCGCAAGGGCUCUGCGAGUUCGGGUCCGGCCGGCUGUCGCGCGGGAAACCUGACCUCUAGCCCGGCUCUUUACGGCCCGGGCCCCGCCAUGCUGCGGAAGCUCACACUCGACCAGAUCAGUGACUGGUUCACUCUUGGCAAGACCGUCACCAACGUCGAGUUACUGGGCGAUGAGCCUCAGGCCGCCAUAUCCGCCCCCCGCCGCGGCGCCAGGCCCGCAGUGCGGGAGCCGCCCGCCGCCGGGGUACAUAAUAAAGAGAAUGCUGGAGCUGAAUAUAUUGAAAAGUACAGACAACUGGAGGCGCUAGAAUUGGACAAAUUUGACAGCGUUCACUUUAUCUGUGGACCAGUUACUCCAUCACCACUUCUAUGUGAAUCCCAUGAUGUGACUUGUAUACCAAAAACUAAUUAUAAAUACCCUGAUUUGCCCAUAACCAGAUGUAAGGAAGAGGUAGUUUCUUUGAUAGAAAGCAAUUCAGUUGUAAUUGUACAUGGAGCAACUGGUAGUGGUAAAAGUACGCAACUUCCACAGUAUAUUUUGGAUUACUACUGUCAGCGCUCUACCUACUGCAACAUUGUUGUUACCCAACCUCGAAAAAUUGGUGCCAGCAGCAUUGCAAGAUGGAUUAGCAAGGAGCGAUCAUGGGCAUUAGGUGGAUUUGUAGGCUAUCAGGUUGGGCUAGAGAAAGUAGCAACAAAGGACACAAGAUUAAUUUAUGUGACAACUGGAGUGCUCCUUCAGAAAAUAGUUGGUGCCAAAAGCCUUGCAGAGUUUACACACAUCUUCAUAGAUGAAGUGCACGAACGUACUGAAGAAAUGGAUUUUCUGCUAUUGGUAGUCCGUAAACUAUUGCAUACAAAUUCACGAUUUGUGAAGGUAAUCUUGAUGUCUGCUACAAUUAACUGUAAAGAAUUUGCUGACUACUUUGUGGUUCCGAUUCGUAACAAACUGUAUCCAGCCUACGUGUUCGAGGUGGAAGGCAAGCCCUAUGCCAUUGAAGAAUACUAUCUUAAUGAUUUGAGGCACAUUAAUUACAUCAAGGUUCCUCCUCAAAUCUUUGAUGAACCAAUGAUUGCUAAAGAAAUGUAUGAAGUUGCAGUCUCUCUGAUUCAAUUGUUUGAUGAGUUGGAAAUGAAGGAAAGUGGGGAGAACAAAAAUUUGGGCCUUAUGUCCGAGCGUGGCAGUGUGUUGGUGUUUCUGCCAGGUUUGGCUGAAAUGAAUUACCUGCAUGAACUUCUCACAAGCAUGAUUCACAAAAGGUUGCAAGUAUAUCUGCUCCAUUCAAGUGUGACUUUAGAAGAACAGAAUAAUGUGUUUUUUACUCCAGUUCCUGGUUACAGAAAGAUUAUUCUGUCUACAAAUAUGGCUGAGAGCUCUGUAACAGUUCAAGAUGUAAAAUAUGUCAUCGAUUUCUGUUUGACUAGAACUCUGGUUUGCGAUGAAGACACUAAUUAUCAGAGCCUGAGACUUUGUUGGGCUUCUAAGACUAGCUGUAAUCAGAGGAAAGGCCGGGCUGGGCGUGUUUCCAAAGGGUACUGUUAUAGGCUUGUACACAAGGACUUCUGGACAAACUAUAUACCGGAGAAUGCUCUACCUGAGAUGCUGCGAUGUCCAUUAGGAAGUACAGUCUUAAAGGUUAAAUUGCUUGACAUGGGGGAACCAAGAGCUUUAUUGGCAACAGCUCUAUCUCCACCCAGUAUAGGUGACAUUGAGCGCACCAUUCUUCAACUUAAAGAGAUGGGAGCACUUGCAAUUAGUGCACAUCCUGAAGAAGAAAAUCCUUAUGAUGGUGAGCUAACCUUCUUGGGAAGAGUAUUGGCACAAUUACCUGUGGACCAGCACCUCGGAAAGCUAAUAGUUCUUGGCCAUGUCUUUGGAUGUUUAGAAGAAUGCCUUAUUAUAGCUGCAGCACUCUCUUUCAAGAACUUUUUUGCAAUGCCUUUCAGGCAGCAUCUUGAUGGAUACAGGAAUAAAAUGAAUUUUUCUGGAAAUAGUAAGAGUGACUGCAUUGCACUUGUGGAUGCGUUUAAGGCAUGGCAAGCCUGCAGACGAAGAGGAGAACUGAGGCAUCCCAAGGAAGAACUUGACUGGGGUCGAGCAAAUUAUAUUCAGAUCAAGAGAAUCAGAGAGGUGGCUGAAUUGUUUGAAGAGCUGAAGAAUCGAAUAAAACCAUUCAACAUGUAUAUUAAUACUCAACCACCUGUUCUGGAUCAGGAGUAUAUGUACAAACAGCGCUUCAUUUUGCAGGUUGUAAUGGCAGGUGCUUUCUACCCAAACUAUUUUACUUUUGGACAAUGUGAUGAAGAAAUUGCUGUGAAGGAACUGGCUGGCAGAGAUUCUAAAACCGUUGUAAUGUUGAAGAACAUUCCUCCCUAUGGUUUCCUAUACUAUAAACAGCUGCAGUCACUCUUUAGACAGUGUGGUCAAGUAAAAUCCAUUGCAUAUGAUGGAACAAGAGCCUUUGUGGAGUUCUCCCGUAAUCCAGCAGAGCGGUUUAAAACUCUUCCGGCAGUGUAUAUGGCACUUAAAAUGUUUCAGCUAAGAAUUCCGCUUGAACUCAAUGUUCAUCCUCCAGAAAUGAUUGAAGGAAAAAUGGAGGUAGCGACAUUUACAGGAUUGAGGCACACAAGAGUAAAUGUGGACUUUCAGAAGCAGAUCGUAGAGGCUAUGCAAACCUCGUUCGAUGCGCUAGAACAGUCACAGACAAUUGCAAGCCUUCCCUUGUCCAUCUGUGUCACAGAGGUGGUGGAAGUUGGACACUUCUGGGGUUACCGAAUAGAUGAAAAAAAUAUGACUGCUCUCAAAAGGCUUACUGCUGAGAUUAACCACCUGGACCUGAUGCCUCUACCAGUGCGUCCAUAUCCUGACUUAGUUUGUCUGGCACAGUUUACUGAGUUUGAAAACAAAAGAUACUAUAGAGCCCAGAUCCUGUAUGUUUCUGGAGAUUCUGCUGAGGUUUUCUUUGUCGAUUAUGGCAAUAGAUCAAGAGUGUUUUUAAAUCUUUUAAAGGAAAUUCCAAACUACCUUCGAGAGCUCCCUUUUCAGGCUUUAGAAUUCAAGAUAUGCAAGAUGCGCCCCUCUGCGAAAUCUCUUGUAUGUGGAGAACAGUGGAGCUAUGGUGCUAGCCAAAGAUUUGCUUCAUUAGUAAAUGACUGUGUUCUUAUAGUGAAGGUGUAUUCAGUUGUGCACAGUGUUCUGCAUGUGGAUGUUUACCGUUACUCCGGAAUUAAAGAAGUGAACAUUCGAGACAUGCUCAUUGAAGAGGGCUAUGCUGAGCUAGCAGAAGAAUCUUAUGAAUCAAAACAAAGCAAUGAACUCAAAGAAUUCUAUUCAAAACAAGUAGAAAAUGAGGAGAAUGUAACUCUAAAAAAAAACAAACAGGAAGAAAAACGCCUUAUUGAAACGUUGUUAAAUCACUUUUCUGCCAAUAAAUUUGGUACACCAAAUUGUAAGGCAACGCUUCAUGGCCCCUUCAAUCCUUAUGAGCUGAAGUGUCACAGCAUGGUCCAGAUUUCCAAAUUCAGAUGUAUCUGGAUAGAAAAGGAGAGUAUAAACUCUGUAAUUGUCAAUAAUUCUCCUGAGGAUCCAUUUCAGAAAAUGUUGGUUGCUGCUGCUGUAUCAGUAAAUUCAACUGGAUCUACAAUGUUGUUAAGAGAAACAUCUCUGAUGCCUCCUAUUCCAGGGCUACCAGCACUCCUCAGUAUGUUGUUUGCUCCUGUUAUAGAACUCAGGGUUGAUAGAAGUGGAAGGAGUUUUACUGGUGUUCUUUGUGGUUUGGGGUGGAAUCAAAGUCUUGGAACCCCACUGCUUCCAGAACAUGACAUGGAGCUGACAUUUGAUGUGCAAUUUGGCGUGGAUGACAUAGUAGAGAUAAACAUCCUAAGAACGGCCAUUAACAAACUGGUUUGUGAUGGCCCAAAUGGCCCAAGGUAUUUGGGGCAAGAGAGAAUUGCACAGCUGCAAGAGAACGCUCGUGAAAAACUUUUAGGUUUAAUCUGCAAAUCAAAACCUCGACAAGUAAUUGCUCCCAAGUGGCAUGGGAAACCAUAUGAUUGGAAUCAGGUGGAUUCAAAACUGAUCAUCGACCAGUCUGAAAGUCAGAAUGAAAGAGGAAAGAACGCUUUCCUUUACCAGCUACAUAAGCUGGUUGUGUUAAAUACUUAAAUAUUUCUAGAAAUCCUUAAAAGAAAGAAAUGUUAAAGCCAUUUCUUAGUUUAAUUUUCCUGAUGUUUUCUGUAUGAUCCUUAAAGGUUGGCUCCACAUCCCUCUGAUCUUAAAGAGGAAGGUAGUAUGCAGUUUGGAAUGUCCUACUGGGUGUAUUAAUAAGAUUAAAAAAAUGUAUUAUGUGUUAAUAUCUGGUGUUCUCCCAGAGAUUAAGACUCAAGGUACACAUAUACUGAAAAUACUGUUCAUAGAACAGAUUUGUUUAGAGCAAGAGGCUCUUUUUCUUUUAAUAAUCUUUCUGAGACGACUUUUCCAAAAGCACCCAAUGAACAGAAGGGGAGAAAAUAGAUAAAGUCUUAGUUGUUUAGCUCUUUCACUAAAGUAUACAACAGCGAAAGAUGAAUAAGAUUUUCUUUGUCUUUGAGAUAAAAUAUAUUGAGUUGGAUGUUGAAUUUUAUAUAUGUUUUAUUUUUAUGUUACUAGUGUUUGAAUAAUAAAUCUUACAGCAAAUUUACUAAUUUGU